GUCCUUCGCUCUUCUCUCUCUGCAGGCUAAACAUGGCUGCGCUCUUAAGAUCAGCCCGGCUCCUCAAAAAUUCAUCGGCUUCGUUAAUUCAGGUCAUAGGGAACAGUAAACAUGCACCGGCAGCUGGUCGCCUUUACAGCGGAGCGGUUGGUGCUCUUCGUGCAGCGGCCUGUGGUCGUCAGACAGUCCCGGGAAGGUUAAAUGCUAACAGUUUGUUCUCCUACAGACCAGCUUUGCCAUGUGUGAGCUGUCGUCAGUAUGCAGUGGUCCCGGAGCAGAGUGGACAGGUUAAGGAUGAGGCCAGCUUGGCGGUCCGAUCUAAACAGGCUCAGCAGUUUGACUGGGCUCUGUCCAAACUAGACAGCUCCGUCAGGAGGACAGGCAGGGUCACCAAAACACUGCUGCUGCACAUCUUCCAUGAUAUUUGCAGAACCGGAUAUCCAAGUGGAAAUCAAGCCCUGCUGUUGCUGAGAAGCUGUGGUUCGCUUCUUCCUGAGGCUCCCCUGGCUGAGCGCACAGAAUUGGUGAAACGGAUCUGGGAUAAACUUCUUGAACUUGGCGUCAGCUAUGAUGUGAGCCAUUACAAUGCUCUGCUCAAGACGUACCUGCAGAAUGAGUUCAGGUUCUCUCCAACAGACUUCCUGGCAAAAAUGGAAGCCGCGAAUGUUCAGCCAAACAGGGUGACCUAUCAGAGACUCAUAGCUGCAUACUGUGAAGAAGGCAAUAUAGAAGGCGCAAGUGCAAUCCUGGGCUUCAUGAAGAACAAAGACCUGCCGAUCACAGAGGCUGUGUUUAACUCAUUAGUCAUUGGCCAUGCCCGGGCAGGGGACAUGACCAGCUCUGAAGGCAUCCUGUCAGUCAUGAAGGGAGCAGGAAUUGAGCCAGGCCCAGACACAUACCUCUCUCUGCUCAACAUGUACGCUGAGAAAGGCGAUAUUGACAAAAUUAAACAGACUCUCGAUAUGGUGGAGAAUGCAGAUUUCUUUCUGAUGGACCGAGAUCUGAUGCAGGUGGUUUCCAGUCUGGCUAAAACUGGCCAUGAGCAGCACGUGCCCGAGAUUGUGUCACGUAUGCGUCAUGAGAGAGGAUAUGUACCAGAUGCUAUCAACCUCUGCUUGAGUUUGAUUACCCACGGUCAUGAAAAGACUGCGUUUUCUGUGCUGAAAAGCUUAACCGGGAUGUUAGACACACAUACGGGUGACUCUCCAGAUUUUGGCAACUUCUUUCUUCGUCAUUGUGUCAAUAUGGACAAGUCUGUGGAGGACAUAGUCGGUUUUUGCAAGGAUUUAAAAGAUUUGGGUCUGCAUUCAACACCACUACAGUUCACUCUUCAAUGUGCCCUGGAGGGCAAGAAAACCAGUAUGGCGAUUGAGCUGAUGAAGAGGAUGAAGGCAGAGAGCUUACCUAUCAAACCUCACUACUUCUGGCCCCUGUUUGCACAUCACCACAAAGACAAGAACAUUCCUGCUGUCAUAGAAGUUCUGAGAGGCAUGCAAGAAAUGAGCAUCUCGCCAGAUGUUGAUGCUUUUAGUUUCUAUAUCCUGCCGUCUUUCCCAUCAUUGGACAAUGCUAUGGCUUCUCUAAAGGAAGCCGGUAUUGACGUGAACACCGAUGGCUUGAUUGUGGCAGAAUUACGAGUCGAAGCAUAUCGUGGAAACCUUGCGAAGCUACUAUCUCUGAUGUCUUCACCCGCUCUCCCAACCAUCGACCUCAGUGUUUUCAGAGCCGGUCUGAUCGCUGGAUUUAAAGGGUUUCAGAAUGUGGAGAUCAUGGCAAAGAUCACAGAGCUUCUCUAUAAAGAUGCCCGCUUUGCUGCUGAUGGCCAUAAUGCUUCUGAUAAUGUGGGCUACUUCCUUUACAAUCUGAUUGAUUCUAUGAGCGAGACGGAAUUGCAGAGCAAUGAGGAGAGGAUAAGGGAGUAUUUUGGCCUUCUCAAGAACAUGAAUAUCAACAUCUCCGUGAAUCUUUUCAGAGGAAUCAGGAACAUUCUGGAGUCCCACCAUGUUCCAGAGCUUGUCAAGGAUGUUCUUGCUCUUGUGGAUAAGAAGGAUGAUUUGACUGAGGUGACGAUGUUUAGAAGUUCUGAGGGAAGAACAUCUGCCUUGGAGAAAACCUUGGCAGAGCAAAAAGCUGAGGGCAAACCUGCCCAUUUAACCCUCAAAAAACUCAUCAGUCUCCUGAGUAUUGAGGAGAAACUGGAGCAAGCUCUGAAUCUGAAAUCUAAAUAUGAGGAUGACAUGACGCCCGCCGCUUAUGCCACUCUCAUCAAUCUGUGCUGUCGACAUGAUAAUGCUGAGGAAGCUCUCAAACUGAAGAUUGAGAUGGCUCGCAAGGACUCUGAGGUGGCGCUGGAUGCUCAAAAGUACAUCGCCUUGGUCCGAGUGCUAUCAAAACAUGGCAAACUGGAAGAGGCGAUAGACAUACUGAAGGAGAUGAAGGAAAAGGAUAUAAUGUUAAGGGACAACCUGAUCGGUUUUCUCUCCUUCACAAUGAACUCAAUUGCAAUGAAAGGAGAUGCUGAUGCUAUUCGACGCCUCCAGGAGACCAUCUUCACUUUGGGUUUGGCCAAAACAUCCAGUGGUCUUUGCUCACCCCUUGUCACUUGCUAUCUGGAGAGCGGGGAUCAUGCGGGAGCAUUCGAUGCUGUUGUGGAGUGCCAUAAACAAUACAACCAGAUGCCCAAAAUCCACGACCUCAUGUGCAGCCUGGUGGAGAAAGGAGAUGCCGUGCUCUUACAGAAAGUGAUGGAGUUUUUGACUCUGGAACGGGGCGAAAUGAUGAUGCUCUACGACCUUUUCUUUGCCUUCCUGCAAACGGGGCGCAACAAGGAGGCACGCAAAAUCAUUGAGACGCCUGGUCUAAGGGCACGAUCAAACCGUCUGCAGUGGUUUGCAGAGAAAUGCAUCACAGCCCAACAGAUGGAGCCGCUUGAGAACAUGGUGGACAUGACUGUGAAGCUGUUUGAGUGUGACCGAGAUGAAAUGUACCACUUCUUGUUCCGACUCUGCAAGGAGACCAAUGACUGGCGUAAGGCUGAAGCAAUCUGGAUGAAAAUGCAGGAGGAGAAUUUGGCUCCAAGAGAGAGGACUCUGCGUCUGCUUGCUGAAAUCCUCAAAAGCAAUGACCAGGAGGUGCCAUUUGAGGUGCCGAAGGUGUGGUUUGAGGACGAUAAAGGUCAGUCCGAGAUGUUCUCAGAGAAAGAAGAGUCAAGCGCUGUGGGUAAAAAGACUGAUGAUCCUUCCCGUUUCGAGGCCACAAUCCGAAUCAACUGCAGGUCUCUCUGUAAUAGAAAGGCAAAGCUCAAGGCCUUUGAUAUCCUGAAGAAAGUGGAUCGCAAAGGAAUUGUCCCUGGCCCUGCUACAUAUGAUGUCAUCAUCAAAGCCCUGCUGGCUAAAGGCAACAUAGAGGAUGCCAUCUCUGUCAAGGACAUUGCUGUCGGUCAUAUUCCUUCAUUCAUUUUAAGUGACGUGGCCAACAACCUACUCAUGAUCUCUUAUGUGAAGAAAUGUCAGAUGAAAGAUUCUGUGCGGGUUCUUCAGGAUAUGUUAAAGGCUGACCAGAUGCCCAGUCAGUUGGCCAUCACUCGACUGGUUCAGGGUCUCGCUGCUGAGGGAAACCUAAAGGAUAUCCAGGAGGUGGAGGCCAUGACGAAGGCUUUUGGCUCAGUCAAUCUGUCCAAUAUGUUAUUUGUCAACAAUACAGCUCUCGCUCAUUUAAAAAAUGGAGACGUGGACAGUGCAGUGGACAUGUUGCAAACCUUUUUCACCGAGAACACGGAGAGGCAGAACAACAGUAUUGCUUACGUCUUCCGAAAAGUUCUAGAUACUAAUAAUGAUGUCGCACUGGAUAAAUUGAGUGCCAUGGCGGAACAGCUCUGCAAUCAGUUUGCCUCCUACAGAGCGGCUACUGACCUCUUCCUGGUUUACAUGGACACGGGCAGGACAGAAGAAGCCAAAUUCCUCCUGCAGCGCUGUGCGGCUGUCGGCGAGCAGAAGGACUUACUGUUCUCCUAUGUGUUACGAGCGUCCCAGCAGCCCGGACAGGCUGCUAAAGUCAUGAGUCUGAUGGAGCUGAUUCCUGACAUUAGAGAGAAGGAGGAUGUUUAUUCGCAGCUGAUGAAAUGCCAUGGUUUGGAUAAGGAUCUGGCCUCAGCGAAGGCUCUGUAUGAGCGCAUGCGGGUCGAGGGGGUGAAGAUUGAUGAGUUAACACUCAAGAGACUGGCUAAACUAUACAGAGAUUCUGGAGAAACCGUUCCCUUUGAAGAGCCUGCGGAGUCUUUUCGUUUCUACGCAGACAAACUGAAGGAUCAGCGAACUCAGUCCACAGCGUCCAUUGACAACUAAAAACACCUUCCUUCUUUCCUUCCUUCCUUCCUUCCUUCCUUCCAUCAUCCAUUCGUUGAUUUUUUUUUAUAUGCAGCAGAUGUGAGCAGCGUGUUAUACUGUGAUUUUGUUUUUGCUCUUCAUAAUGUCAUGAUAUGGUUAACAUGUACAUACAGUUGAUAUUUAUGCAAAUAAAUGUAAACCCAGAACUUUA